UUUCGUAGUUUUAUCACUCGUUACUUAUUUUAAUGUUAUUUCUCUCUAGUGACUUCAAGCAAGAAGGAACAACAGAAAUGAACGUCGAUAAAAAUGCAAAAGAAAUAAGCUUGAUAAAAGCUAUCGUACUUGAAAACAACUUGUUACUAAAGCAGAUGGUGAAGAAAGAUGCUGUAGUGUUUGAGCCACGUACGUUCGUCAAGCCUGCCACGACGCAAGACGAGCUGCAAGCUCUUACGUCUCGGUCAGAUUUGAUUCCGAUUCUUGUUGCUUGUAAGGAAUCCACCCUCAACCGCUCAGCUACCUCGAUGUUGAAAAUGCUACUAACCAGGGACUUGGCUCUGAAAUACACCAUGACUGGACUUGGUCUUCGACGACAACGUGCGAAGAUCAAAUUCGAAAACUCUCCUGCGUGUAUUGCCAUUGAUCGUAAGAAAUUUCAACCAAAUUAA